CACUGGGAUCUCGUUGUGUUGCUGGUAUAAGCCUUCCUUGCAGAAGAACUGCUCUUGCCCAUCUCCGCUUCCCUGGGAACAGCCGAACGGGGGUGCGGAGUGAUAAAAAUUUAUGUUUUCAUCAAACCGGGCCAAGGAGAAUGGGGGUCCCACACCCAAAAGAAUGAAGACACGACAGAACAAGGACUCAAUGUCAAUGCGGAGUGGACGGAAGAAAGAGACUCCAGGGCCCCGAGAGGAGCUCAGGUCCCGGGGUCGAGCUUCCCCUGGGGGCGUCAGCACCUCCAGCAGUGAUGGCAAGGCUGAGAAAUCCCGACAAGCCACAAAGAAAGGCCGGGUGGAGGAAUCCUGCACCCCCAAGGGCAGCAAGCAGGUCCGAACAGAAGAGAUCUCGGAGAGUGAAGGGGAGGACACCAAUGCUCCCAAAAAAACCAAAACCGAGGAGUUGCCCUGUCCUCCAUCCCCGUCCGAUGUUGACAGCCUUGAUGGCCACAGCUUCAACGAUGAGAUGAGCAGUGACCCGCGGGACAUUGACCAGGAUAACAGGAGCACCUCGCCCAGCGUCUACAGCCCCGGCAGCGUGGAGAAUGACUCCGACUCCUCAUCGUUCAACAAACAUCUGGACCGCGGCUUCAACUCCUGCUCCCGCACGGACCUGUACUUCGUGCCGCUCGACGGCUCCAAGCUGGCCAAGAAAAGGGCAGACUUGGUGGAGAAAGUGCGGCGGGAGGCCGAGCAGAAGGCGCGGGAAGAAAAGGAGCGGGAGCGCAGUGACCCAGCGACGCGGGAGCGAGAGCUGAGGGAGCGGGAAGCCCAGGCUCAACGUGACCCCUCAUCAUCAUCAAUGGCCCAGGAGGGCCGGCCGGUGGAAUGCUCGUCCCUUGGCCCGGUUCCCCACCGCCCCUCCUUCGAGCAGGGCAGUGCUGUGGCGACUGUUCCUCCCUACCUGGGCCCCGACACCCCGGCUCUGCGCACCCUCAGCGAAUACGCCCGGCCCCACGUCAUGUCCCCCAGCAACCGCAACCACCCUUUCUACGUCCCGCUGGGUGCGGUCGACCCGGGCUUGCUGGGGUACAACGUGCCGGCCAUCUACAGCAGUGACCCAGCGACGCGGGAGCGAGAGCUGAGGGAGCGGGAAGCCCGCGAACGAGACCUGAGGGACCGGGACCUGCGUGAACGUCUCAAGCCCGGCUUCGAAGUCAAGCCAGCUGAGCUGGAGCAGCUCCACACCGUGCCAGCUGCUGCCAUGGAUCCGUUCCCACGCCACGGUGGGCUGAGUCUGCAGACGGCCCCCGGCCUUCAUCCCGCUUUUCCUUUCCGCCCGGGGCUGGGCCACUUGGAGCGGGAGAGGCUGGCGCUGGCAGCCGGCCCGACCCUUCGUCCCGACAUGUCAUACGCCGAGCGCUUGGCGGCCGAGCGCCAGCAUGCUGAGCGGGUGGCUGCCCUCAGCAACGACCCCCUGGCCCGGCUGCAGAUGCUCAACGUGACACCUCAUCAUCAUCAGCAUUCCCACAUCCACUCCCACCUCCAUCUCCACCAGCAGGAUGCCAUACAUGCAGCCUCAGCCUCUGUUCACCCUCUUAUCGACCCACUCGCCUCGGGAUCACACCUCACCCGGAUACCGUACCCAGCUGGAACCAUCCCCAACCCUCUCCUCCCUCACCCUCUCCAUGAAAAUGAAGUGCUGCGCCACCAGCUUUUCGCUGCGGCCUACAGGGGCCUGCCGGUCACCUGA